AUUUUACAGAUCCUUAAUAAUUCAGAUUCUCUGAAAUGGAUGUAGACGAGAUUGAAGAAGAGGAGUUUGGGUUCUCGAGAAACUAUUUCCUUGCUAAAGAAUUGGGCUCUUCUUCAAGGAAAAAAUCUGCUCGGAAGCUUUCAGAAAUCGAUCUCGUUGACGAAGAGGAAUUAAGAGAGGUGGCAGCUAGUAUUGAGCCCAAACAUGAGAAAGAAGUUAAUGAGUUGAUCAGUAGCUACAAAAGUUUAUAUUCAAAAUGGCUUUUCGUGCUAAGGAGCGGCUUUGCACUUUUGAUGUAUGGCUUUGGAUCAAAGAAAGCUUUGAUUGAAGAUUUUGCCUCAAAAUCUUUAACUGAGUACUCUGUUGUUGUUGUCAAUGGGUAUCUCCAAUCUAUAAAUCUUAAACAGGUGGUGAUAACACUGGCUGAGCUCCUCUCGGAUCAAGUAAAAUUGCGACAGAAGACUACCUCAGGAAGUCUGUGUAAAAGCCAACAACCAUUUAACACCAGAUCCAUGUCUGACCUCCUUACUUUUCUAGACAGCCCAGACCUAGAAGUUGAGGAGUGUUUUGUUUGCAUUCUUGUUCACAACAUUGAUGGUCCUGGAUUACGUGAUUCUGACAGCCAACAAUGUCUUGCAAGCAUUGCUGCUUGUUCUCAUGUUCGUAUGGUUGCUUCCAUUGACCAUGUCAACGCUCCUCUUUUGUGGGACAAGAAGAUGGUUCAUACACAAUUUGACUGGUACUGGUGCCAUGUUCCUACUUUUGCUCCAUACAAGGUUGAAUCAAUGUUUUUUCCUUUCAUCCUCGCCCAUGGGGGCAGUGCACAAAGUGUGAAGACAGCUUCAAUUGUCUUACAGAGUUUGACUCCGAAUGCUCAAAAUGUUUUUAAAGUUCUUGCUGAGCAUCAAUUGGCCCAUCCUGAUGAAGAAGGUAUGCCAAUCAACAAUCUGUACAGUACGUGCCGAGAACGGUUCUUGGUGAGCAGUCAAGUUACUUUGAAUUCACAUUUGACAGAAUUUAAGGACCAUGAGUUGAUCAAAACAAAAAGAAAUUCUGAUGGUCAAGAUUGCCUUUGUAUUCCUCUUACAAAUGAAGCCCUUCAGAAACUUAUAGCAGAGAUCGUUUAAUUGA